AUGAUCGCGGCAAUCAUAGUGAUCAUAAUAUUUUUAUUGAAUAAUCCUUCCAUAUUCAUUCGACCACAUUGUAAAGCUCCGUAUGGCGCAGCAUCGUUAAAUUCGACGUUUAAUACUUUAGGUCAACUAGAAACGGGAAUAAGUUAUAACAGUAAUAACGAAUAUAAUGUAGUGAAUUCCUAUGGAUUUACGGGAAAAUAUCAAUUUGUCGAACAGACGCUAAAAGAUUUAGGUUAUUAUAUACCCAAAGACAAUAUUUACUAUAAGAACGGUAGCGAGAAAAAUAAUUGGUUUGGAAAAUUUACCGGGAAAAAUGGGUGCAACAGUUAUCAGGACUUUUUGGACAAUAAAUUUAAU